AUGUCACUUCAUCUCGGGGGUACUGUAGGAUUGGAGGUUACCCCCGCGAAAAACUUACCAGAGGACAUUAUCCGCGAGAUCUUCAAAUGCGGAUGGUCGAAUUCUGCUCCAAGCAUGCGCUUGCAGUUUUCGCUACUUGUUGCUUCCGUUUGUCGCCGUUGGAGAAUCGCGGCUCUUGACUCUUCGUCACUGUGGUCCACACUUGUUUUGAUCAUCUCCUAUGACCCCUCCCUGGAAAUUCUCGCCCUAUUCCUUUCUCGUUCACACUCCGCACCCCUAGAUAUCAUCAUAAUAACACACCGCCGUGUGAAGAACAACAACCGCCUACAUCGAGAACCAGACAUUACGAAAGGAAUCUUCCGUCUUCUCCUUCCUCAUAUGGGGCGUUGGAAGUCACUGUCACUAUCAGCGCUCACAGGUGCAAGUUUGGGCUACGUUAAUAGUUCCCUGCGUGGUUGUGCCAAUGUUUUGGAAAAACUCAGGGUCACAUACACUGGGCCCAUUGAUUUUUCCUCGCCUAGUCACCCUCAACGGGCCCCUUUCCACUCAUCCUUCAAAGCUUCUAACUUGCGGGAACUGACGCUUCAGUAUGUAGUGAGCCUUCCAGACUCACCCAUUGAUGAGCUCUUCCCAGCCUUGGAGUUGUUGUCCUUGGACAAAUCAGCCCCGUUGACUUUACAGUGGAGGGAGUUCGUGCAAAUGCUGGCACGAUUGGGGCAUUUGCGCGUUUUUCAUCUCGGAGGGGGCCGUCGGCAUAUUAUGGAUCUCGAGGAGGAUCCUGGUACUCCUCCCAGGGUGACUUUGGCCGCACUAGAAGAAUUGUCUGUCUCAGACCUCUGGCAUGAAAACGUGAACGAAAUGUUCUCGUUCUUUUCCGCCCCGCGUUUGGCCCACUUCUCCUACAUCGAUCCACGAGACUGGUCAGACGGUUCGGAACCCGUAAUUGAGAAUCAUCUCGAAUUCUUCCCGGCUCUCCGUUCUGUCACUCUUGCCAACUCUCGCGGGGAGAUUGACGUCGACUAUGAUUGCCUCUCCCAAUUGGUGGAGCACUUUCACCAUGUCAAUAUCCGUGGGCUGGAAUAUGCUCCAAACCACGUUAUUCGAGCGGCUGGUGAUAGACAAAUAGAUCCAACUGAAUUACCGCUCGCUCGACUCAUCUCAAUCAGCCUCCGAAGCUGCCUUCAGAUGUAUAUAGAGGAGCUGAGGGAACUGGUGUUGGUUCGUUCAGAUCCUACCCUGGCUGCGGAGUAUGGCGAGGACGCGCCAACCGCUCUUGAAGAAAUCCGGAUCUAUAAUGACUGCGAGAUCGGGGAGGAAGAUCGUGCAUUUUUCACCAACAAUCUGCGCGUAUUCGAGUGGUUGCCGUAUGCUGCAGAUAAAGAGCGUCGUCCGAGCGGUUCAGUCGACAUGGUUUUCAAGCCGAGAUCGACUUGA